AUGAUAAAAUUCGGUAUUAAAUCUGCUAUACUCGGAUCAGCCGUUUAUUAUACUGUGGAUAAAGGAGUUUGGAAAGAUAGUGCUACCACUCGUGAAUUAUAUGAGGAAUUGGAAAAAGGAAUGUCACCUUACGUUGGCGAAUUUAAAAAGCAAAUACCCAUUGAGCUUCCUCCGCUACCAUCCAAUGACAGAAUAUCAUAUUUGUUUAAAUAUUACUGGAACUGUGGUGUAAAAACAGCCUUCCAAUUUCUUAUUGAUCUACCAAUGCAUACAAGUAAUGCAGCAACUGCUGCAUUUGACAAAAUUUCUUCAUUGAAUUCUGAACCUUCUUUGAGUAAUCAAGAACAGGCUAAA